UGUAUUCUCUAAGCGUCUGAAACCUUUGUGCCUACAGUAGCGAAAUUACUUCUGGUUACUGUAAUUAAGCAUUGUUGCGUAGGGGCAAUGGUCAGGUGUUCCUGCAUACCACCGCCUGCGUCGUUGCAACCACGAAAAAUCUACAACAUUUUAGUGCCAGACGUCUUUCCGUUACAACCUCCUGACCCACACCAAGAUGUACCGAAGGGUGUUGAGCGGAAAAUGGAGAAGUUGGCGGAAUACCUGCAAAAACAUCCCGCGAGGACGGCAAAGGUGUCACGGAGACUAACACGCCGCAUCAAGCACGCGCUCUAUAACAAGCAGUUUGGAUAUGUUAAGAUCGCAGUGCAGACAUAUAAGUACCUUCUUGCGAAGACCGGAGACGACGGCAGCAACUUCACCUUCACUUAUUUCGCCAAGGAACUGAUUGAUGAGCCGGACACAGUGAUGAGGACCCUCCUGGCGCAUCCGGAGCCGUUGGUGAAGGGUUUGGGUGCUGAGCUGCUGGCCAGUUACAUUAAAGCCCAGAACCCCGUGGAGCACCAGAUGCGUGCCGUGCAGCCCCUGGUGUCUACGGUGUGCGAGCUCGCGCGGCGAAAGAGCGGUCAGCAGCAGCUGACACUCGCAUGUCUGCGCGCCGUGGCGGAGUUUGUGGGGUUGUGCCACGAGCUCAGAACGUUGCCCGCCAACCUGGAGGAGAUUGAGGCGGCGAUGCUCCACAACCUGGACACAAACACUGCUGCCGGUGGCGCAGGCCCCGCCAGCGGUUCGGACGAGGCGAGUGCCUCAGCGGUGGCCCACAGCGUGCUGCUCAAGUUCAAGCCGUUCCUCCAGGACAUCAGCACGGUGUACCGGGUCAUGGAGACACUGUUCCGUUACCUCGACCAGGACGGCAGAUGGCAGCAGGCGGAGGCAGUGCAGCGAUUGAUGGCCAUCGUGCAAAGCUCAUGCACCGAUCAGCCGUUCCCGCUCUUCACGGCCCUCAUGCGGCACAGCAGUGCUCCCGGCCUGGGGCCCGACGAGCGUGCCGUGGUCAUAAACCUGGCCCUGCAGCAGCCUCCCGUGUACUCGCUGUCGGCCUUCAGCAUGGCACUGCAGGAGCUACCCCGCGCGCUGACGGCGGACAAGGACAGUGGGACGACGCAGCUGAGGAACACCGUCAUGGCUGCGAUGCGCAAGCUUGCGCUGGAGGUGGGCGACGCGGGGCAGAUGUGCGAGGCUAUCUCGUCCGCGCUACGGCAGCACGCUACGCCGACAAAGCACGCACAGGCUUGCCUCGAGUGCGCCCUUGCUGCCGUCCGUACCAUCCCAUCCUUUCCCGAGCCUGGCCGCACCUUCCCCGGCGGCCAUGCGCCCGCUCAGCUCCUGCAGCAGCUCGCCGCCAUCAUCACAGUCUGGGGCCACGUGGAGGCGGACGCUCGUGCCACGGCAUGUGAGCUGCUGGGCGCGGUGCUGCCGGCAUUCGGCCCAGGGCUGCGCGACGAGAAGCAGGCGCUUGGCCUGAUGGACUUGGUGUUGCAGAUGUCCCGCAACUUUGCGCUUGGCACGCCAGCGGACGUGGUAAUCAUGGGGAGCGUGCUCGCGACAUGCCUAGCCACCAGUCAGCCGGUGCUGCUGCUGCACGGCGUGCGGCUGGCAAAGGCGCUGCUGACGGAGGCGCUCCAAUUCGCACCACAUACGGGAGCGGCGGCAGCCGUGGAGCGUGCGGCGGGUGUCGAGCGGCCUGGGACGGGAGAUGACAAGGCAGAUCGGCUGUGGGCCGUCGCGUUGCUGGUGCUCGUCAACAACCUGCUUGCUACGCUGGCUUCUCGGGCCAAGUGCACCCACUUGUUACCAUUGCGCUUCAACGUGCCGGUCGACGCUUGCACGAGCCUCAAGGAAGAAAGCGGCGGCCUUGUCAGCUGUUCGCUGCUCUUUGAAGGGGUUGCUGCAUCCGCAGACGCCUGCAUGAGAGCUGUGCAAGUGGAGUGGCCCGUGGAUCACUGGUACGGCAAGGUCCUUGACGCCCUUUGCAAGGGCAGUGUCCUCCAAACACACUACGCGCACAACCUGCAAAAUGUCGUCUUCGAGCCUUUCGCUGCGCACGCCAUGCUGGGUCUUCCCGCAAUGCAGCAGUUGGCUGCGCACGCCCCGUCUUCCACGCUUGUUGCCCCGCCAGUGGCGGGUGCAAAUGCGUCCACCGGAGGUGCUAACGGCAAUGGUCGUGAUACGGCUAUCACGCACAUUUCAAGCAAGCUGGAAGCCAUGGCGCGCAACCGUGUGGUGUCCAUCAAGCGUGAACGCCUCAACCUGCAGCACGUCAUGGACAUGCUAGCAGAUGGGGACUGCGAUGAUGCCGGUGGUGCAAGCAGCACGCCAAGGCCCGCAGGGGCAGCUACCGCAAACGGCGCAGCCAUGUCGGCCGACGAUGUAGCCCUCUCGGUUGCGGACGUCCUGGAUGUGGUUGCAGCUUGCGACAAGAUGCCGCCGGUGGCGCUGCCGGGGCCAGGGAUGCUGGAAAUGGCGGAGCUCGUCCAACGGUUAGAAGCCGUUUCGGGAUAGAGCUUGCGGACUAACCACCCCAGGAUGGUGGCAGGAGCCACUGAGGGGAGUCAUACGAAUUACCUCUGGAACCACCUUGUAUUUCGGGCAUCUUGCUGUGACGCAGGAUGGAUGCUCUGUUACGGCUUACCAUGCUUUGCACUUCACCAGGAUGACGUCAGGAUUAUAAUUUCUGCUGUACCCAUACCUUUUGCACAUUUGGUAUAGGACCUUCCUUGGGAAUAGUGAGCACACGCUGCCCAUGUGGAACAUUCCUUGCACGAUAAGUUUACCCUCCUUGUGUACAUACGAGGUCUAGGACUCCAUAAGACUCAUGCUUGAUGAGGUGUCAGCAGGUGACAAUGACUGGAAAGUGGAGGCCCUGCAAUCUGGAGUGGAUGUUGCUUGUUAUUUAUGAGCGAGUCACUGCCAUGUCGCUGUGCAAGCCUAACUAGGCCUAAUGGUCACAAUCUAAUCUAAUGUUCUACGGACCCGUGUGGUACGUGGCACGCGGUGCGUGCAUAAAACCCUAGAUGGUGGCUGGCUUGAUGACGAUGUUCGUGGCAAGGGAGCAAGGGGAAAUUUGGGUUAUGGGCAUGCAGCUUGGAACGCAUUGCAGGGACAUGCACCCAACCCGGGUAAGGAAACAAAGCAUUGGAU